AUGAACAUGGGAGAGUAUACUAUUGAUGUAUUUUUUCAGCAGACAUGGCAUGACGAAAGACUGAAAUUUGAUGGACCCAUGAAGAUCCUUCCAUUGAACAAUCUCCUGGCUAGUAAGAUCUGGACUCCUGACACCUUUUUCCACAAUGGCAAGAAAUCAGUGGCUCAUAAUAUGACCACACCCAACAAGCUGCUCAGACUGGUGGACAAUAGGACCCUUCUCUAUACAAUGAGGUUAACUAUUCAUGCCGAGUGUCCCAUGCAUUUGGAAGAUUUUCCCAUGGAUGUGCAUGCCUGCCCACUGAAGUUUGGAAGCUAUGCUUAUACAACAGCCGAAGUGGUUUAUACUUGGACUCUUGGAAAGAACGGAUCUGUGGAAGUGGCACAGGAUGGCUCCCGUCUGAACCAGUAUGACCUGCUGGGCCAUGUUGUUGGGACAGAGAUAAUCCAGUCUAGUACAGGAGAAUAUGUCGUCAUGACAACACACUUCCAUCUCAAACGGAAAAUUGGCUACUUUGUGAUCCAGACCUACUUGCCAUGUAUCAUGACUGUUAUUCUGUCACAAGUGUCUUUCUGGCUCAACAGAGAGUCUGUCCCUGCCCGCACGGUUUUCGGUGUCACCACUGUUCUCACCAUGACCACCUUGAGUAUCAGUGCCAGAAACUCCUUACCUAAAGUGGCAUAUGCGACGGCCAUGGACUGGUUCAUAGCUAUCUGUUAUGCCUUUGUAUUUUCUGCACUGAUUGAAUUUGCCACUAUCAACUACUUCACCAAGCGGAGUUGGGCUUGGGAAGGCAAGAAGGUGCCAGAAGCUCUGGAGAUGAAGACAAACUUAGCUUUUUGA